AAUUCAGAACUCUGAAGAAAUACUUGAAGAACCGCUUCAGCCGCUCUCUGACUGAGAUGAACAGUUACCACGGUAACCGCAGUCUGGUGGGCGGAGUCGGCCAGGGUCGGCCAAUGAGCGACGAGCCUGAGGACGAGUUCAGCGGGAUGGGAGGAGCUUCUCCGUCGAGCUCCGUCAAAGUAACUCACAGAUGCUCCAUCCUGUCCAACACCACGGUGACGUGUGACACCGGAGUCUACCAGUCUCUGCAGGCCUGGAAGGACCACAAGCUGCACAUCGACCACGAGAUCGAGACGCUGCAGACGAGGAUCAACAACCUGAGAGAGGUCAGAGGUCACCUGAAGAAGUCCCGCCCCCUGCAGUGUGACUGCAACAAGUAUCUGUACAAAGACAAGAUGAAGAAGAAGCUCAGGUACCGAGGAGGAGGAGGAGUCCUUCAUCCCUUCAGGAAGGGUGGGUCUCGGGACGAGAAGGCGUGGCUUCAGAAGGAGCAGAGGAGGAGGAAGAAGAUGAGGAAGAUAAUAAAGAGGAUCAAAAACAACGACACCUGUUCGAUGCCGGGACUCACCUGCUUCACGCACGACAACCAGCACUGGCACACGGCACCCUUCUGGACACUGGGAUCGUUCUGCGCCUGCACCAGUGCCAACAACAACACAUACUGGUGCCUGAGGACCAUCAACGAGACCCACAACUUCCUGUUCUGUGAGUUCGCCACCGGCUUCCUGGAGUACUUCGACCUCAGCACCGACCCGUACCAGCUGAUAAACGCCGUGAGCUCUUUGGACCGGACGGUUCUGAACCAGCUGCACGUCCAGCUGAUGGAGCUCAGAGGCUGCAGGGGACACAAGCAGUGCAACCCUCGCACGCACACCGUGGACCUGGGAGGGCGGGCCGAUGGCAGCUUUGACGACUACAGGCUGUUUGAGAGGAGGAAGUGGCCGCGAGUCAAGAAACCUUCGUCGUCUCGAACCCUAGGUCCAAUCUGGGACGGCUGGAAGGGCUAAGUCACCUGAUUGGCUGAAUCUGGCUCCAGACUCCGCCCACAGCCACCUGACUGAAUCUCAGAGCUGAUGACCACGUCCUCACCUUCCUUUCAGCCAAUCAGGAGCUUCAGGAAUAUCUGCGACAUCAAACACAUCUGCUUGAGUAGACUCUUCAUCAGCUGCUCUUCCUCCUCUUCCUCCUGCUCCUGCUCUGUGCAGGGAGGCCUGAGGGGGAGGGGCCAUGAGGAGGAGGGGUCAGAUAGAGAGGAGGAGCUAAAGGAAGAGUAAAACUCUGGCUAUAAUAAUGUUUCAGUAUUUAUUAUCGUUUCCUCUGAUGUAAAAUUAAUAAAUUUAGUAUUUUUUCUGUCUGAUAGAUGUUUAUCCUUGAAUGACGUUUUACAUCAUAAUAUACAACCUGAUAAAA